AUGUCAACAUUUACUGCCCUCAAUGGGGGCUCACCAAAAACGUCAGAACCACCCAACCCGCCCGCCGACGCCAGUAGAGCCCCGUCAGACGAGCGCACCAAUGGACAACCCGCCCUUCCUGAGCCCAAAUCGACAGCCGCCGUAGAGCCCUCCCCAAGCCAGAGGGAGCCCUGGGCCGGCCCCAGCCAGGACAGAUCCCCGUAUCAAACGGCAACUUACCCCGACGUUGAUGGCUCUCAUAAGAGAAAGCGAUCAAACUCAGUAGAGCUGAGGCGAGAAGCUCCCGGGCGUCAGGAAAAGUCCCCGGAGGCCGCUUCUCAACCCCACCCACCAGAAUCACGUGAACCCUAUGGAACGCCCUCGCGCGAUCAUCGCCCGUACGCUGAACGCGAAGAUUCAAGGGAACAGGGUGAGUCAUGGUAUUCACGGGAGGGAAGAGAAAGAGAGAGGGAGAGGGAGGAGAGGGGUUACUACGAUCAACCUUCUGCAACGUCUACCCAAGGUCAAUCCGAGGAGCAAAUUGGGGAGGCUCUGAGACGCGCUAACCAGAUGGAUGCGAAUGAUUACGACAACACCAGCCCUGACGGUGAUGAUCGAUCUAUGGCCUAUGGAUCUUACACCCCUGGCGGAUCCCGUGAUAUGCUUCAAUCCGACAAGGCGAAGAGAAAGCGAAACUUCAGUAACCGAACCAAGACGGGCUGUCUUACAUGCCGAAGGAGGAAGAAGAAGUGUGACGAGCAGAAGCCAGAAUGUAGCAACUGUCUUCGUGGAGGCUUUGUCUGUGCAGGAUAUCCUCCGCAGCGAAAUACGGCUUGGCAGAAGCCGGACAGCAAGGCCGCCGCCAUCCCCUUGGAGUCCAAAGACCCCAGCUACGUCCCACCUGGUGCUUACGGUAUGCCACAGCAAGCUCCUUACGGCAGCCAGCCAGCCGUCGGACCAAGACGAGAGGCAUUACCUCCCUACCGCGGCCAGCCCUUGCGGAUAGAUCCUCCUCAGGGCCGACCCCUACUGACUGACGACGACCGGCCGACAGCCUCGACGAUUCCCAGUGCAUCGGUUGCAAGCCCCGAGACCAAGCUAUCCGCCAUUCCCUACACUCCAGCGAACGCCUUCCCGACGCCAAUUAGUGCUCAAGGGCCUCCCCAUGCCCCCUUCUCCGAGAGAAAGGACUACCAGCGUGUGCCCCCGUUACACGACAUUAGCAGGACUGUGCCGGAGCCGGAGACGCCUCAUCCUGGCAACACGCUGCCGCAAAUCAACAUUCUGCACCCCACGAGGUCGAACAGCCCCAUCCCGCAGCCUCCAGCAACUAGCAAUGCACAAGUCGCCGCGCAGCUAGCUCUAUCGCACACCCAGUUUUCUUCCAGCCGGUCUAGGACGACGAACAAGGAGGAUAUGCUUGCCGGCAAGCUCUACUACCCAUUUGAUAAGGAGCUUGUCCUUGAGCGCGAACGGUGCAGCGCUGCAUGUUGGCGAUUCAACAACUCGACGAACCCCAACAACGGUGUCUCGCCAACCGAGCGAGGCCGCCUGUUCCGUGAGAUUUUGCAGCCUCGCGACCCUAUCCAAAUUUCGCCAACAGUUGCAUCGCCAGUGACCAACAUUGGAAGAGUGGGCGAAGACGUAGUUGUGGAAGCGCCAUUCACUUGCGACUACGGGUACAAUAUCUCUCUUGGGAAGAAUGUCGUUGUUGGCCGAAGUUGCACCAUCAUCGACACCUGCGAGGUCAAGAUUGGCGACAAUUGCCACAUUGGACCGAACGUGAGCAUUUACGCGGCAACGCUACCCACCGACCCUAAGAAGCGCUUAGGUAGCAGGGGCCCUCAACUUGGCAAGCCUGUCACCAUCGAAGAGGACUGCUUCAUUGGUGGAGGCGUCAUUAUCCUGCCAGGCGUCAGGAUUGGGCGCGGAAGCACCGUUGGGGCCGGUGCGGUUGUCACCAAGGACGUCCCUCCCUUCACCAUCGCUGUCGGCAACAACGCUAGAAUUAUCCGCGGCAUUUCCUCCUAA